UAAAGACGGACCGACUCAGAACUCAAAACAAAUCUGUAGGGUUCGUUGUCUCCUUCAGGUCUCGAUCUCCGCUCUAGGACAGUUCUACAAGCUUCAAAUUUGACUUCUCGCCAUGGCAGAUGAGGAAGUUGUUGAUCCAAAGAAGUACCUUGAGGAAUCUUGCAAACCAAAAUGUGUGAAGCCACUACUCGAAUAUCAGGCGUGUGUGAAGAGAAUCCAAGGUGAUGACUCUGGCCACAAGCAUUGCACCGGGCAGUACUUCGACUACUGGCAUUGCAUUGACAAAUGUGUUGCACCCAAGCUUUUUGCGAAACUGAAAUGAAAACAACGCGAUUCUGGACACAGUAUCUUCUUGAGUUUGCUUCAUGUUAUUUUUAAGAGGAUGUAUAAAACGCAGUGGAUGUUGAAUACCUGCAAACCUGAAUAUGCCAAAUGGCUUUUGUUUCUAUGGCCGUGUGCGGUUAUUACAUUUUUUUGCUACAGAUUUUUUUAAAGUAAUUGCGUACCUAAUAACGAGAAUCUGUCUUUA